ACCAUGACGCACCAAUAUCCCGCGCUGACGGCCGAGCAGAAGAAGGAGCUGUCAGACAUCGCACUGCGCAUCGUGGCCCCCGGCAAGGGCAUCCUGGCCGCUGAUGAAUCUGUAGGAAGCAUGGCGAAGCGCCUCAACCAGAUCGGGGUGGAGAACACGGAGGAGAACCGCCGGCUGUACCGCCAGAUCCUCUUCAGUGCCGACAGCCGGGUGAAGAAAUGCAUCGGGGGCGUCAUCUUCUUCCACGAGACCAUGUACCAGAAGGCUGACGACGGCACCCCCUUCGUCCAGAUGAUCAAGGACAAGGGCAUCGUCGUGGGCAUCAAGGUGGACAAGGGCGUCGUGCCGCUGGCCGGGACGGAUGGCGAGACCACCACGCAGGGUCUGGACGGGCUGUCGGAGCGCUGUGCCCAGUACAAGAAGGAUGGGGCUGACUUUGCCAAGUGGCGCUGUGUGCUGAAAAUCAGUGACAACACCCCCUCUGCGCUCGCCAUCAUGGAGAACGCCAACGUCCUGGCCCGCUAUGCCAGCAUCUGCCAGCAGAACGGCAUUGUGCCCAUCGUGGAGCCAGAGAUCCUGCCCGAUGGUGACCACGACCUCAAGCGGUGCCAGUACGUGACGGAGAAGGUGCUGGCAGCUGUCUACAAGGCACUGAGCGACCACCACGUCUACCUGGAGGGGACCCUGCUGAAACCCAACAUGGUGACCCCUGGGCACUCCUGCCUCACCAAGUACAGCCCCGAGGAGAUCGCCAUGGCCACUGUCACUGCCCUGCGCCGCACUGUGCCCCCGGCCGUGCCAGGUGUCACCUUCCUGUCUGGGGGUCAGAGCGAGGAGGAGGCUUCCAUCAACCUCAAUGCCAUCAACACAUGCCCGCUGGUGCGACCAUGGGCCCUCACCUUCUCCUACGGGCGGGCGCUGCAGGCAUCGGCGCUCAGCGCCUGGCGCGGGCAGCGGGACAACGCCACCGCCGCCACCGAGGAGUUCGUCAAGCGUGCAGAGGUGAAUGGGCUGGCGGCGCUGGGCCAGUACGAGGGCAGUGGGGACGACUCGGGGGCCGCCGGGCAGUCCCUGACGACCGAGACCUACCGCGCCGCUCUGCCCUACGCCGACAUCGACGGGCUGGGCCAGCUGCCGCUGGCCGUGCCCGUCGCCGUGGUCUUCGCCCCGGGGUCGGUGCCCGGGGACCUGCCGAGGCCGCUGCCGUUCAAGGACGUGCAGGAGACGGAGAUUUCCGUGAACGCGCCUGGCUCCUACAAAGGGCCUGGUGGCCAGGACUAG